UGGUCUUAAUGUGUCCUGGAACACCUGCAGCUGCUCCAUAAAACCCAGAAAUUCAACUUCUGAAUUCUGUUCAUUUUCAAGUUUAGCUACAUCAUGGGGGCAUUGAUUUCUUGUUUUUUUUCAGAUGACACCAGUUCAGAUUCUACAGAUGGAAGAAACACUGACGUGGAACCAAAGCCCGGGGACCUUAUUGAGUUUGAUCGUGGUUAUUUUAAACACUGGGGUGUGUACGUCGGUCAUGGCAAGAUUAACCAUCUUGUAGUGACUGAAAGAGGUUCAGACUCCAGUGGCGUAACUUUCCCAGGAAAGACGGGCAUUGUGAAGGAAGAACCCCUGGAGAACGUGGCAGGAACCAGUGACUGGAAAGUCAACAACAACCAGGACAAAACAUACAAACCCCGCCCAGUUAAUGACAUUCUUCAGGAGGCCAAAAAAUGGGUUGGAAAACAUGUGGAGUAUGACAUCAAAAACAACAACUGUGAGCACCACGCCACAUAUCUGCGCUAUGGCAAGCGAGUGUCUACACAGGUGCAGAAUGUACAAUUAGCAGCCCUGGGGACAGUUGGAUUUCUUGGAAGUGUAUCUUUGGCAGCUUCAGCAGCAACUCCAAACAGACCCAGUUCUCAUUAAGUGGCUCCUUUUAUUCCAGAUGAAUGUUAAAUACGGUUGUUCUUUAAAUAUAAGUAACAGAGCAAUCUAAAAUAAUCUAAAUCUAAAAUAUAAUAACUUCAAGUUAAUCUCUCUGUUUUUACUGAUUUAGGUUUAAAAGUACAUUUAAAGGGGGUUGGGUUGAUGCCAUAGACUUUUUUCCUCACAAAUUUAAUCAUGGAACAGGUUAGGAUUAGUUAUUCACUCAAUGAAUGAUGCUUAAUAUCUUCUCAUCAUUAAAUCCAUAAGGUAAUAAUGAGAGAAAUAUUUUUCUGUUUCUGAUAAAAUAAUAAAAAUACUGAAUUUUAUUGAUAAUUUUAACAUAAUCUCAGUUGUUAUUUUCCAGUCCCCUUUUCUGUUAACUGAGCUCAUGAGUGGGAUGUCAUCGUGUUUAUUCAGAGCCGUGCACUUGAUCCGUUUGAGAGAAGAUCUGUAAGGACAGCAGCAAAUCUACAGAACUAGAAUAUGUGUAGCUGUAGCUGAAAUUGUUAUAUAUAUGCCUUUCUUCAUCAUUACUACAAUAUUAUUUUACAAAGAAUCAAAUGGUCACUAAUUAUAAGAAACCACUGAUUUAUUGCUGAGUCACUGUUAGCUGAUCAUCUGUUCACUGCUGAAAGGGUUUCUGUUUUCAGCCUUUUUGUUCAUGUUUGAAAUAAAGACUAAAUUGAUGAAAUCCUGUCUUCCUGUCAUUCUGAAGUAAACGCUACAGUAAAAAGAUUUCCUCCCUAUGUAUAAAGAAACCCUUUGUACAACAGUGUCAGCACAAUAAACAACAACAGAGGU